GGUGUCUUCAGCAUCCUUUCUCCUUGGCUGCGUCCUCCGUGCUCGGCUUGCCUCUCGGUCCCCUCCCCUCCCUCUCCCGCCCUCCCCUCCACGCGUGGCUGCCUUGGGCAGCCAGCCCUGUGCACUUUGCCCUUCGCUGGCAGCGGAUAAAAAGGGGUCUGAGGAAAUACGGGGCCCGGCCAUCUAUCGCCAGCCCUACCCUUUAAAUUCUCAGCACGAGGAGAUCCGCACCGACCGGAGUCGGGCUCGACAUCCAUCCAGCGUGCGAGACGCCGCUUUCCCAGCGCUGUUCCACCCAGCGCCUGGCACCAGUGGGCUCCGGAACCGAAGUCCAUUCGAGGUCCCAGGAACGCCAAGUCCCCGCUCGGCAGGCUCAGCUCUGGGCAAGUGGUCGCAGCCGCCGAGAGCCACGAUGCCCGCGCACAUGCUGCAGGAGAUCUCCGGUUCCUACACGACCACCACCACCAUCACAGCGCCUCCCCCUGAGGGCCUACAGAAUGGAAGACAAAACUUGGAAAAGACUGCACACCACUUAGAGGAAGACAUUCGCCCUGAGAUGAAGGAGGAUAUAUACGACCCCAGCUACCAAGAUGCGAAGGGCCCCCCGCCCAAGCUGGAGUACGUCUGGAGAAACAUCAUCCUCAUGGCCCUGCUGCACGUGGGAGCCCUGUAUGGAAUCACGCUGGUUCCCUCCUGCAAGUACCACACCUGGAUCUGGGCAUAUUUCUGCUAUGUAUUCAGUGCCCUGGGCAUCACGGCCGGGGCUCAUCGCCUGUGGAGCCACCGAACUUACAAAGCACGGCUGCCCCUGCGGGUCUUCCUCAUCCUCGCCAACACCAUGGCUUUCCAGAAUGAUGUGUACGAGUGGGCCCGAGAUCACCGCGCCCACCACAAGUUCUCAGACACCCACGCUGAUCCUCACAAUUCCCGUCGGGGCUUUUUCUUCUCCCACGUGGGUUGGCUGCUCGUGCGCAAACACCCAGCCGUCAAAGAGAAGGGCGCUUUGCUGGACAUGUCUGACCUAAAAGCCGAGAAGCUGGUGAUGUUCCAGCGGAGGUACUACAUACCUGGUCUCCUGCUGAUGUGCUUCAUCCUGCCCACACUGGUGCCCUGGUACUUCUGGGGUGAAACUUUUCAACACAGCUUGUUUGUUGCCACUUUCCUGAGAUACGCUGUGGUGCUCAAUGCCACCUGGCUGGUGAACAGUGCUGCCCACCUCUAUGGAUAUCGCCCUUAUGACAAGAACAUUCAAUCUCGGGAGAAUAUCCUGGUUUCGAUGGGAGCUGUUGGGGAGGGCUUCCACAACUACCACCACGCCUUCCCCUAUGACUACUCCGCCAGUGAGUACCGCUGGCACAUCAACUUCACCACCUUCUUCAUCGACUGCAUGGCGGCCAUCGGCCUGGCUUACGACCGGAAGAAGGUAUCCAAGGCCUCCAUCUUGGCCAGGAUUAAAAGAACUGGAGAUGGAAGCCACAAGAGUAGCUGAGUUUGGGGCUCCUGGGUUCCUGUUCCAAAAGCCAGCUGGGCAGAAGCUUAAUGUUCUAUUGAUUAACUACUGAAUAAUGCUAUCAGGAUGCUACAGAUGAUGACUUUAACCCAUUCCAGUACAGUAUUCAUUUUAAAUGGGAAAGCUUUGAUAACUUUUUGAGGUAAAUACAUAUUUUAAUUAGUUAGGUUUAACCAUUCCAACAUAUGUAUUUCCAAACAUACAUGACAAACACAUACAAUUUUAUGUCCAUUAAAAAAUUUUUGAAUAUUCUAAACAAAGUAUUAAAAGCCAACAAGUUUGCUAUUAUGCUAAGCA